CGGUAAUCACUGCCGUUAUUAACUUUAACAUUAGUGUUAACGUAAAAAAUUUACUUCUUCAUAAAGAAAAAACUCUGAGCGAACAAGUUAUUAAGGAAAUCGAAAAUGAAGGGGGGGCAGAAAAAAAAGUCAUUGAGAAAAGGAGAAUUAGGGAAAUAUUGGCCGAAAAGACGGACGAAAAUAAUAAAAAACAAAAAGAAGUCAAAGAAAAGAUUGAAAAAGAAAUAAAAGGAGAAGGCUCUUUAACAAAAGAGAAAGCUAAGAAAAUAAUUGAAGAGGCUCGGGUAGGAGGACGAAAAAUUAAUGACCCCAGUCAGAAUGAUUUUGAAUUUGAUGUAGAGCGGGAUUUAAAAAAAGAUUUAUUUCGCCACUUUGUGCGGGCUAAAUACACUAAUUCCUCCGAGGUUUCCCGAAAUUUAAUUACCCAAUUUGCCGAUGAUUUGGACGAAAUUGCGUAUAGUAUCUGGUUUAUUCCUAAUCGCUUAAUUUAUGUGGCAUUCUCUAUAUUUCUCUUGCUUAAAUUUGACUUUAACUUUGGGGGAGAAGGAACCGCCCUGCCGCUCUUGGCAAUUAUGCUAGGCUUGUUUACCGUUUUGUUUGUGGUUGAAAUUAUGCUCUUCAAAAGAGCCAGCAAAUUAAAUCUAGCAGCGAAAAAAAGACAAGAAGAAGACAACAAAAUUAUUUACGAACGAAUUAACAAUUUAGAGUAUAUUAAGGCAGUUUCGGGGGAAAAGUAUGAAGAAGAAAGAGUUGACCGACAACUGGACUCAACUUUCCGUCGAAACAAAAAAUCACUCUGGUUUAGCACGAUGUUUAAGGCGGUUCCUCAAUAUGUGGUUAUUCCGAAUAUUCCGAUUAUUUUUAUGGCAUUGACUCUGGUUUUUUAUUCCAAAAAUGACAAAAUGGGAGCGGUAUUUCUAAUUGGCAAUUUUGUCCGGUAUUUUCUUUCAGUAAGAAGUUUAAAUAGUGAAGUCAAUAAGAUAAUUGAGGCAAUGUUAACUCUGGACGAACUUUCUAGUAGUCUAACCAUCGUUAAUGAGAGUGCUAAAACUUUAAAUCGUCAAACUACCCUGACUGUACCGAAUGUUCCGGCCCGAAAUCUUCCCUUCAAGAACGGCGAUAUAAUUUUUCAGAAGGUGGUAUUUGCCUAUCCCAAACGACCUCACCAAAACAUUUUACGAAAUUUUUCUUUCACUUUUCAACAAGGCAAAAUUUAUGGCAUUGCUGGCAAAAAUGGGAUUGGCAAAAGCACGAUCACCAAAACCGCCCUCAAACUUUAUGAUUUAAAAGCGGGGCAGAUUUUUAUUGGGGAACGUAGUAUCCGCGAAAUAGAUACCACUAGCCUUCAUCAACACAUUUGCUACCAAACUAAUCGUCCGACUUUUUUCCGAAUGAGUAUUGCGGAGAAUAUUUAUUAUCCUAAUAAAUAUGACAAAAAGGAUUAUAAUAAGUUAGUGAAAGCAGCCAAAAAAGUUGGAAUUUAUGAAUUUAUUACUAAACUACCGCAAGGAUUUGAUACCGUUUUAAGAGAAGGGGGCAGCGACCUCUCGGAAGGACAGAAACAGCAAAUUUCCGCCAUGAAAAUGUUUAUUAAUGACUAUGAUAUUUACAUUUUGGACGAAAUAUUAAGCAAUGUUCAUCCUAAUCUAAAAGGAAAUAUUUUAAGCAAUAUUUUUGUGAAAUUAAAAGGCAAAACGGUCUUGGUAAUUGACCAUCAUUAUGAAAUAUUUCAAUAUGUUGAUUAUGUUUAUCAAUUUACGGGUGAAAGGCUAAUUAAAGAUAAGGAAAGUUUUUUUACAAAAAACAAAGAGGAGGAAGAAAUCGAGAAGUAA